UAUUGUACUGCUGGUGCUUUUAAAACCGAACCAAGCUUCUUUGUCUUCCAUGCAGUUCUUCGCAUGCACACUUGUGUCAGUCAGUACGGGAAGGCUGAUCUAAGUUGUUCAUUGAUUUCCCUCAAGAUCUCAGAUAUUUUGAAGAUGGGGAGAAAACCAUGCUGUGAAAAGGAAGGGGUCAUCAGAGGAGCAUGGUCUACAAUGGAAGAUCAAAUCCUCACCGACUACGUUCUAACAUAUGGAGAAGGGAGAUGGAGAGACCUUCCUCAAAAAGCUGGGUUGAACCGGUGCGGGAAGAGUUGCAGACUAAGAUGGAUAAAUUAUCUUAGGCCUGAUAUCAAGAGAGGCAACAUUUCUGCUGAAGAAGAAGACCUAAUUAUCAGACUGCAUAAGCUUCUGGGAAACCGGUGGUCUCUCAUUGCCGGGAGACUGCCAGGGCGGACAGACAACGAGAUCAAGAACUACUGGAACACGACUUUAUGCAAGAGAUCACCUUCAAUGGAGCAAAAUGAUGAGGAGAAAGCAAGUAGACUGAAAAAAUGCACAGCGAGAUCGAAGCAGCGAGUAUCAGCUGAGUCUCAGAAAAAGCAGGUGGAGGUGAUUCGAACAAAAGCAGUUAAGUGCUCGAAGGUUUUCAUUCCAUCACAUCUACAUAGUUAUACUAAUGCAGUAACUAAUUCUGCUAGUUCGGAGUAUUCUACUGAAGUCCCGGGUUCUUCAGCCGCACAGGAGCAGAAUUCUUGUGGUCUUGUAAUGGAUUUCGACAUCAAUGACCUUCUCAUAUCGGACAUGCUUGAAAGUAGUAAAGAUUUCCUGCAACACCAAGUCAAUGAAUGUCAUGAAGAUCAGAUGGGGGAUGAUGGAGCCAAGCUUGAGGAUUUGUUAAUGGCCGAAGCAAGGUCGGAAAAUUGGAUGGCUAGUACUCAUGACUACCCAUUUCAACCAAAUAUUGAUGAUGAACAUGUAGACCUCAAUGCACUUUCUUCUUUUCUGAGUGCAGCAGAUGAUGAUGAUCACGACUGGAUCAUUGGUUAAUAAAUCUCAUCAAACCAAUGCUCCAAUAUAUUAUGUAUUUUGUCAAAUUUAGUGAAGCUUUCUAAUAAGAAAUUUGUGAUUUA